AAAUAUAAUAUAAUUGGCGUUCUAAUCGAAAACUUUAUGAAUUGAUAACGUUAAGCGAGAUUAUAUAAUAUUUUUGUAGGAAAAAUAAAAAAUCAUUUGUACAAUAUUUGUAAAUUAUAGUGGAGCUUUUUACAUUGUUUGUCCUUGUCGGGAGCAUUUAUUUGAAAAUUUGUAAUAACAACGCAUAGAAAUAUGAGUAGCUGUCCCCACAGAGUAACUCACUGCAUUUUUGAUAUGGAUGGUUUGUUACUAGAUACGGAGAAACUAUAUACGCAAGCCACCCAGGAAAUACUUGAUCGUUACGGUAAAACUUACACAUGGGAUGUAAAAAUACUGAAGUGGUUUAUGAAGAGAUUGUAAGGCAAAUAGCAGACUCAUUUAAGAAGUCAUACCCCGCCGAGGUCCGUGUAAGAAUGCUUGGCACAACCGAACAAAGAUCGGCAGAAAUUGCAGUAAAUGAGCUAGAUUUACCAGUUACUGUCGAGGAAUACCUGAAAAUCUUCCAUACCAAGUGUAGUGAAAUGUUGGGAAAUUCUUCGAUUAUGAAAGGUGCAGAGCGCCUUCUAAGGCAUUUAGAUACUUACAAGAUUCCUAUAGCAUUAGCCACAAGUUCCGGCGAACCGAUGGUAGAGAUAAAAAUCACAAACCAUCAUGAAUUAUUCCAACUUUUUCAUCAUCGUGUCUGUGGAUCCACCGACGCCGAAGUGAAGGAAGGCAAGCCGUCGCCUGACAUAUUUCUUGUGGCUGCUUCUCGGUUCCCUGACAAACCGGAUCCAUCGAAUUGUCUAGUCUUUGAAGAUGCUCCAAACGGCGUGCAAGCAGCGUUGCGGGCAGGAAUGCAAGUAGUAAUGGUACCGGAUAAGGUCAUCCCGGAAAAAUUGCGCCAAGGAGCAACACAAGUGCUAGAAUCAUUAGAAGCAUUUAAACCAGAAGAUUUUGGUUUACCACCUUUCCCAACAACAUGCUAGGUUCAAGUUUAAAAAGUACACAAAUGUAUCCUGAUAUCUAAUAAUAUAGCUAUAAAAAAAUAACGAAAUGUAAA